CCUCUCCUCCCUCUCUAUUCAUGAAAAUGGAGAAAGCUUUCACUCUGAUUCAGACAGUUGCAGUGGCAACAGUCUUCUUUGCCGUUUCCGGCUGGUACUUACUUUCUAUCACUUCCCGGAAUUCCAUUCUUUCAGGUACGGCUUCAUGUUUGGAAGAGAAUCUGCUCGCAAAGAGCUCGGAAGCUUAAUCCAAGACCUUCGCCGCCAGAAUCCCAAUUCCGAUCCUCAUUCCUGACUUCAUUUGGGUUCAUGGCAUCAGGUCAUCUUACCUAUCCUUGACAGCAGCAUGUGCGUUCCUGAGGAGUUUGGAUUUUAACUUUAAAAACUUUGUAUGCUGACUUGCAUUGAAGAUUACAGCUUUCUGCUGUGACAUAGUUGUUAUUCAAGUCCGUGCCUCGAAAUCUCUACCAUCACUAAGAAGCAUACCAAAAUUGUACAUACAAAGAGAAACAGCAGAAUUUGAAGGCUUUCUCAUUCCAAGAGCUCAGGGAUUCAACCAAUGGCUUCAGCAGGUUGCAAAAGCUUGGUGAAGGAGGCUUUGGGAGUGUGUAUAAAGGAAUAAUCAUGCCCAAAAAUGGCCAGGGUAGUCCAAUUUUGGUUGCCAUAAAAAAGUUGAAUCCACAUAGCUUACAGGGUCAUAAAGCAUGGCUUGCAGAGGUUCAAUUUCUCGGUGCAGUAAAUCACCCAAAUCUGGUAAAGCUUCCAGGAUAUUGCUCUAUAAAUGGGGAAAGAGGGAUUCAACGGCUAUUGGUAUAUGAAUAUAUGCCUAAUAGAAGCUUAGAAGAUCAUCUUUUCAACAGGGCUUUGAACCCUCUUCCUUGGAUCACGAGGUUACAAAUAAUGCUUGGUGCUGCUCAAGGAUUGGCUUAUCUACACGAGGAACUGGAAGUCCAGAACCUCCUGAAGUUUCACGCCCUCUCUCUCUCUGCCACCCAACAAUGGCUAAUCACCAGAAACUGAAGGUGACACCAGAGUUCUCGAAACAUAUAGAGUUAUUCCUCUCCGACAUGGACGACAGCCUGAAACUGCAAUUAUGCUCCUUCGUCCUUGAAAACCUGGAAGAAUUCCGCCGUGGCCGCGCCACCAAAACAUAUUCUCAUUGCCCUAUCCCCGCCUCCAUUGAGGAACGGCGUGUCGUUGGGGGUCAACUUCAGUUCUCUGAAGACGGUCAAGAGGUUGACUGCACUAAAACGCAGGGGCGCAAAAUCAUCCCCAAUGUCGACAAGGUUAGGGUCGAUGAUAUGAAGAGUAGUUCUGGUAAGUUCAUCUUGGUAGUCCAGAGGUACGAAAUUUAUCGGAGAUUGGCAGUGCCUGCUAAUGAUAGUGAUGUUGGUCACGUAUUUUACGAGCGUCAUCCGUGUAUAGUUGUGAAUGUUGAAGAGGAACUUGAUUCGGUGACGAAGCUCUUUCUGUGUAAGCUGAAGAUGGAGCUGAAGCUUCCGAUGCUUGCACUUGUGGACAGCAGUCCAGACGGGGUUAAGAUUAUUUCGACUGUGUCUCAAUGCUGCAGGUGCGAUGUAAAUUGGCUUGGGAUGUUACCAAGCGAAUUGGAUAAAGGUAUGUUUGCCAUAGCCAAAGACCCUAUGAUCAGAAUCCCCAUGACUGACAGUGAUUUGAAGACAUUGGAAGAUCUGAUGGAGAAUGACGACUUUGUGAAGGAGAAGAUGAGGAAUCCAAAAUGUUUGGAGGAACCGGCUCUGAUGGAGAAUGAUGAUUUGAUUGAGAAGGUGAAGAAUCUGGAGCUGAGUAAUCUGACGGGGAAUGACUUUUCGAAGGAGAAUAGGAAGAAUCCGACAUGGUUUGACGAGCUGACUCUGAUGAAGAAGACCAAGACGAAGACCAAGGUUGAGGAUUUUGACGAUUUCAUGAGCAUGCUCUUUUCUAUGUUGAUAGUAGCAUAUGAACGUAGCAACGCACGAGGUGAUCAAGAGUAGAGGCACGACACACGUAAUUAAGGGUUUUGAUCUAUACGCUUCAAUGUUGAGUUGUUUUUAUGCGCGCAUGAUGUAA